UGCCAGAUAUAUUAGUUGGUCCAAUGGCAAGAUCUGUUCAAGGUGCUAAAAUGGAGAUAAAUCAGUUGGAGAACAAAUUAUGGAUAUGCAAAGGAAAAAGAAGUGCGGCAAUAGCUAUACAAUUGCUUAAAGAAGGUAAAGUUAUAGCAAUUCCAACUGACACAAUAUAUGGUUUAGCUGUUGACGCGUCGAAAAGUGAUGCCAUCAAAAGGUUAUAUCAAAUUAAAAAAAGAGAUAUGAACAAACCAUUAUGUGUUUGUGUCAGCGAUGUACAGCACAUACCUAACUUGUGUGUCACUGAUCAUUUACCUACUGAUCUAAUAAACACAAUGUUGCCUGGACCAUACACAAUUGUUUUAAAACGAAAACCAGCUUUAAAUAAAAAUCUGAAUCCUGAUACUGAUACUGUAGGCAUAAGGGUACCAAACCACAAAUUUAUAAGACUAUUGUCACAUAUUGUUGGACCUUUAGCACUAACAAGUGCUAAUGUAAGCAAUGCAAAAAGCUGUUUAUACGCAGAAGAAUUUCAGAAUUUAUGGCCCGUAUUAGAUGGAAUUUUUGUUACACAAGGUAGUUUAGCCACCUCUGGAAGUAGAACAGGGUCUACAAUAGUUGACUUAUCAAUUCCAGAGUAUUACAGAAUUGUACGUUUUGGAACAGGAGCUCAGCCAUUAAUUAAUGUACUAAAAUAUUUCAAGCUCCAAGAACUCGAGUCCAAUAAAGUAUAAUGCAUAUCUUAUUAUGCUGUACAGAAACUUUUAGAGAUCAAUAAAUUUAAUAAUAAUACAAUUUAUUAUUUAUUUAUGUUUUAAUCUUCAUUUAUUGAUAAUAUUGUAAUAUGUACAAACUUAGAUUCUAGAUUGUAAGCAAUUAUUAAAGUUCUUUAUGCCAUGUGAAAGAGGUCAAAUUAAAGAAUCUUUUAUUUAUUUUAGUAUCCGUGUACAGGAAACUCUCAAUAGAGAAUUUCAAUUCAUUACAAAUAGACCACAAAGUGGUAUCAUAGUAACAAAUAUUAAGCAAUAAUUUCUAUUCUGAGGUAUCUCUCUAAUUAAAUUUGUUAAUAGUUCAUCGGUGAGUACAUCAUUGCCUGUGCAAAGUCUAACAACAUUGUAUUGUCUUCUUGACGAGAUAUAUAUCACAUAAUAUAUUAUUGUAAAAUAUUAUUUGUUUACUUGUUAAAUAAAUGUGACGAAUGUUAUAAUGUAAAUAUUAAACACAAUCAAGAGCUGAAAGUCAGAGUGAAGUAAAUAAAUGAUUUACUUAAUUUAGAAGGCUAGCAUUCAAUAAUAAACUAAUAAAUCAUGAAUCAGUCGAGACGAUAACAUUGUAAUUUUCUGCGUGUUAUCAUUAUGCAGUCUAUAUGCACUUCGAAAUGCGCAUUAUUUAUUUUCCUAAUAUUACGAGUGCACUAUUUUUAAAGUUCUUAACAAAGAAUCAAUAAAAUGCAUUUAAACACAAUUACUAAAAUGAGACUGUCAUACACAGCACAGUAUAUGUGUAAUCAUAUUUGCAUAUAUCAGUAUGUAUAGAUUUAUGUAUUUCUUUAACAAAGAUGCAACUUCAUUUGAUGCGAGUGUUAAUUAAACAUUUCAUAUUGUCUAUAACAAUAUUUUUGAUAAAAGUGCAGUUGUAAAUAAAGCCUAUGCAUCUUCAGUUUAAUUAAUUGGUGGUGACUAAUAUUCUAGGAAAUAAAUAUAGUUUCAGGAAGAAGCCGAACAAUUUUGUUUUCACACAGAAAUAAUAAGUGUAGUAUCAAAAUUUUUAUUCUAUUCGAUUAAAUGAAUAUACUUUUCCAUAGAAAAGAAGUAUUGCUGAACGAAGAGGUGAUUCGAGAUUUACUUGGAAAUGAUUUGGACCUUAUAGCUGAUUUCUGUAGAAUAUACACGAAUAAUUCUGUAUGUCAGCUAUAUAACAGGAGUAUCCGUAAGAUGUGUAUGUACUACAUGUAUGUACAUAUGUGAAUGCGUACCUGCACACAUACGUACGCGCGUACAUACAUACAUACAUGCGUGUCUAUACAUUCAUUAAUUUCUACGAUUAUAAUUUGUGUAGUCACUGGAUACGUGCACACGGUUUGUGUCUUUAUCA